AUGACCAUUUAUCAGCUUGUAUCCUGGAUGAAUUCAGGUAGCCACAGGAAAUCAGAGGCUGAGAUGCAGCAUCUUGUUAAAGAUGUUUUGCAGGCUGACAAUUUUGAUGUCAAGGAUCUUGAAGGCUUCUCAGUGAGGAGCUUGCAGGAAUUGGAUAAGGAUGAUGGUGGGGAGAGAAUUACUUUCCCAGAUGAUUGGGUUGAGACUGAUGUUACUAUCAACAUUCCGACGAAGUCAACCAAGGAAGACCCCAAAACAUAUACUAUUCACAGAUUCCACUAUCACCCUCUAGUUGAAGUAAUCCGCGCAGCAUUCACAGAUGUCCAAGCUUGUGCGUUCCAUCUUUCACCCUUCAAAUGA